AUGGGUGGUGGUACCGGAUCUGGUAUGGGAACUCUCUUGAUCUCCAAGAUUCGUGAAGAGUACCCUGAUCGGAUCAUGGAGACAUUCUCCGUGUUCCCCUCCCCUAAAGUGUCCGACACUGUCGUGGAGCCUUACAAUGCUACCUUGUCAGUACAUCAGCUUGUUGAGAACGCUGAUGAGGUCAUGGUACUCGACAACGAGGCCCUCUAUGACAUUUGCUUCAGGACUUUGAAACUCACAACGCCUACUUACGGUGACCUCAACCAUUUGGUAUCUGCUGCUAUGUCUGGUGUCACUACUUGCUUGCGAUUCCCCGGUCAGCUCAACGCUGAUCUCCGUAAGCUUGCGGUCAACAUGAUCCCAUUCCCCCGAUUACACUUCUUUAUGACGGGCUUCGCCCCCCUCACCUCUCGCGGCUCUCAGCAAUAUCGCGCCCUGACCGUGCCCGAAUUGACUCAGCAGAUGUUUGAUGCUAAGAACAUGAUGUGUGCAUCCGAUCCUAGACAUGGACGAUAUCUGACAGCAACCGCUCUCUUCCGUGGCCGAAUGUCGACUAAAGAGGUCGACGAGCAAAUGCUGAAUGUCCAGAACAAGAACUCAAGCUACUUUGUCGAGUGGAUCCCCAACAACAUCAAGAGUGGUGUCUGCGAUAUCCCACCCAAGGGUCUCAAGAUGGCUGUGACCUUCUUGGGUAACUCCACUGCCAUCCAGGAGAUGUUCAAGCGGGUGGCUGAACAAUUCACUGCAAUGUUCCGAAGGAAGGCUUUCCUCCACUGGUACACUGGUGAGGGCAUGGAUGAGAUGGAAUUCACCGAGGCCGAAUCCAACAUGAACGAUUUGGUUUCUGAGUAUCAACAAUACCAGGAUGCUACCGCUGAGGAGGAAGGUGAAUUUGAUGAGGAGGAAGGCGAGUAUGACAUGGAACCUAUGUAAUUACCUUCCAUUAUGCUUUCCAUCAUUCUGAUCCUGUGGUUGUACCAUUGUAGACGUAAGCGCUGGUGCCUU